UUCCUUCACCAAGGUUCAAGAUUACAUUACUUGUAUUGAUUCAUUUGCAGUGAAAAGAUGUCGAUCAUCCCGAGCUUCUUUGGUGGCCGACGAAGCAGCAUCUUCGACCCAUUUGCCAUGGAUAUCUGGGACCCUUUCAAGGACUUCCCCUUUCCAACUCCAUCUGUAUCUACUAAUUCUUGGAGGGAAACCUCUGCUUUGGUAAACACCCGUGUCGAUUGGAAGGAGACCCCUGAAGCGCACGUUUUCAAGGCUGAUCUUCCAGGGAUCAAGAAGGAAGAAGUGAAGGUGGAGGUUGAAGACGACAGGAUCUUGCAGAUCAGCGGUGAGAGGAAUGUUGAGAAAGAAGAUAAGAAUGAUAYAUGGCACAGAGUGGAACGCAGUAGUGGGAAGUUCACGAGGAGGUUCAGGCUGCCAGAGAACGCGAAAUUGGAGCAGGUGAAGGCUUCAAUGGAGAAUGGAGUGCUUACGAUUACUGUACCAAAAGAGGAAGUGAAGGAACCUGAUGUGAAAUCGAUUCAAAUUUCUGGUUAGAAUUUCUACCUCUUACGUGCGUCUUAUUGUUCGUACGUAAUAAGCAUAGUGCAGUCUCGUGAUGGGUUUGUCUGCAAAGUGUUCGGCGUAAUGCUUGGUGUCAUCUGGUACCAUUCUGUUUGAUAACAUCCAAUGUAAUGAUCUGGCGUGUCCAAGUUUUGAUGAUAUAAAUUUAAGUUGCAUAUGUAAACAUGAAUCUUCCACCAUUUGUUGAUUAGCUUUCCUUUCUGCCCAUUAAAAUGUUGAUUCCCCAA